CAGAAGCUAAUGUUUAUUGGGUACAAGAAACCCGGAGCACCCCGUUGUCGACGAUCCUGUUCAACGGCGGCGAAACAGGGCAGGAAAGAGAUGUAAUUUGUUGGGAUGAUCUGUGAAGCAUCGAGCCUCACCGAAACUGAGGGUACACUCCAAAUUUCCCCAGGAAGCUCAUAUGCACCUUCCAUUGGAACGAGAGUACCUGAAUUACUGAAUCUAAUUCGACCCAAAAGUGCUAUGAAACGGAAAAAUUCGAAGGAAAUUCUAGCUUAUUGGGUGGACACAUUGGCGGUAAUUCGAUCCAAACGGCUGAUGCAGAAUCAAUCGUUAUCGAUCCAGGAAGCUGUACGAACGAUUCAAUUCAACUAGAGGCGCUCGCAUAAAAAAACCCCAAAUCUGAAUUGCAAUUUGUGGGUUCGAAGAGUUCAAACUUCCACAGUGGCGGGAAAUCAGGAAAUCUUGAUUCAAUGACAGAGACGAUGAUUCGAAGGUUGAAACCGUCCCAUAACUUCAAUUCAAAGGUAGGCGAAGCUAAUGGUGGCCUUGAAUUGUGCCGUAGAUCCCUGAGGAAGAAAGCCCCAAUUUUGAGUCUGAUGAACAUUGACGAAGUUGACCAGAACUUCCAGUUCAAGCUGCCAUCUUACGAUCCAAUUUGGGAGCGAUUCUCUGAUGAAUAUGAGACAUGGAAGGCCAAAGCUUUGAGGUCAAAGCUUUUUUAUGGGGGAGGGACUGAUAUGAUCUCAAUUUGGACAUUAAUACGAAUGGAAUUGAUCGAUCAUGAAGGCAAGAUAGGCACGUUGAAGAACACUGAUUUUUGCCCAAGUGUUUUUGACAGUUUCAGGUGUCAACUUUGGAUGAGCAUAAUUCGUAAUUGGCUUGGUGAAAACUUGGGUUCUUGGGCUUGUUUUGAAGAGGGAGAGCUGUUUGUUAGAAUUAAGUGUUUUGGAGCUCGAGCUGAGGUCCAGAAGAGGGCUUUCCAGGACGAUGAAGAUGCUAGCUCGACACUGGCAAGACAGCCAGAUUUGGCUAAGUAUGGAUUGUGAGCGAGGAGUCAUCUAUGGAGCUCUCGUCGAGGAGCAGGAAGGAGAGUUGAGAUUCAUGGGUUGUCAUCCAUGAGAGCACGCAUCUUCUUAUACAACAACGUGGGAUUGGGUGAUGAGUUUGAUCCCUAGGAGUGCUCGAACGAGAAGCUUCAAGAUCGUAUCGACACUUGUUGGAGGAAGAGAAAUCUGAAUCCGAGACGCUGUUUGAGUUAUAGCCUGUUUAGGAUAUUCUUUACUUGCGUUGUAAGAUUAGUUAGCCUAUUUAAACUCCCGUCUACAAUGUAAAUCGUCAGUUUUUUGUUCAUUGAAUACAAAGUUGAGCUUUGAUUCAUCUCGCAAGUUUGUUGGAGGAAUUGAGUUGGAUUGCUUGGAGGAUUCUAAGCAAUCAAGUGCUUGUAUCGAUCAGCUAGUCACGCUGAUUUGUGGCCAAGCUUCUACCCUAAACUUCGAGCCUUUCUCCCGUUGCGAGGAUUGCACGAAGUUCCAUUCCCAUUCAUCGUUUUAACCUUUUUUCUGUCCGAGGAAUUGAGCUAGGAGCUCAAUUUGAUUCUCAAUUGCGCAACUCUGAUCAUAAGGCCCUAUCUGGGGUUUAUCAUGAAGUCACUAUGAAGAUUUGUCAAUGUUUUUAGACUCGGACCAGAUUCUUAACUGGAAAAGUUGAUGAUUCAACGGUUAACCGUUAUGGAGCCGCUAAUUAAUCGUUGAUAGAACCGUUGAUGCACUUUAAUAUAAAAGACAAAUAUAAUACACAAAUUUAGUGAAUUUAUCAUCAGUAACCAUAAAAAAAAAUUAAAAACCAUAUUAUCCAUCACCGAAAAGUUCUAACACUCUCACAAAUAAAACAUAAUUUUUUUUAUUAAACUCAAAUUAUUAGUAAUCAGAGUGACAAUCCAUAGUGAACCAGACAAAUCCUACAAUGAGGUUUAAAAAAAGAAGAAGAAGCAUAAACCAAAAAGGAAACAUAGUUUUUUAUCUUUAAGUUUUUUAUUAUUAAAAUAGUGAAUCAGAUAACCAAUCAAAUCGUACCUCUUAUUUUAAUUUAAAUUAUUAAAAACGGUUCGGUUCAUCUCCAAUAAUGUUAGGUAACCGAACAACUAUUGUUACUGACUUAGUGGUGAUCCGAUUUGGUCAUUCGUUAAAAAAACUUCAAAUGUUAU